AUGUCCCUGAAAAUUGCAAAAUUCCUCCUGAUUGCCAUCCUGCAUCACGUGGCUGUUGAGGGACGCAGUAGGGAAGUUAUUGAGCCAGCUGGUUUACCGGAGAACUUCAUCAUUGGUGGUGAAACACCGAACAUUGAAUUGCAACACGUAGCCCUCAUUGUGAGUCUCCAAGAAACCCCAACGGCUCAUGGAUGGCUCUUCACUGGUACCCUCAUCACACCCAUGUACGUCCUGACCGUCGCACAGACUGCUCAUGGCUUCCAUCGAUGGCGUAUUGGGUUAGGCAGCAAUAAUCGUCUCCUGAUGAACUUCCACGAUGCCAAUGUUGCCACAAUUCAUCCCAACUACAAUCCCACAAAUCUCCACAAUAACCUCGCUAUUCUGCAUCUUGUGCAACAAGUACCCUACACACCUGUACAGCUGCCACCGGAGAAUCCCGGUCCAUCACCAGUCUACCUCUACUACGGAUUUGGCACAACAAAUCCCAAUAACAAUGACGCCCUACCGAAUAUCCUGCAACAGGCACAAACAAUUGAACUUCCCGUGCCCGAGUGCCAGAGAUACUUUGGGAAUCAACUCGUUACAAAUGCUUCAUGGUGCUGUGCAGCUGCCUUCAACAUGGGACUCUGCAAUGGGGAUCAGGGUGGUCCUCUGCUGCACUUCCACAAUCAUCAUCUCGUUGGCAUUGCCAGCUUCUGGAUGACCCCGUGCAAUAGUGGUUUCCCCAAUGUUUUUGUGCGCAUCUCCCACUACGUUGAGUGGAUUAGGCAAGUCACAGGGGCUUAG